AUGGACGAAUCACAGGUCCCACGCAUAGCACGUGCAGGCAUGCAUAGCACCGAUGAUGCUCAAGAGUUCUGGUCGCGUUGCUACGAGACCAGGCUCACGAGAGUAGACUCAACGCAGGGCACUGGGGACGGAUCUUCUAUUCAGGCGUUCGACGUCGAGAUCAACGCCGCAAUGAACGCUGUAUCUGCUCUGAGAUAUCGCAGAAACAGACUUCUUCCCAUCUUCCGUCUACCACCAGAGCUCCUUCUCCGCAUCAUGCAAGAGUGCUCCGGAUUUCAUCCUACAUGCUCAAUCAUAAGCCUAUCCAAGAGCUGGGUGGCGCAUACACAUGUCUGCAAGACCUUUCGCGACCUUGCGAUAGGGUGCCAGGCGCUGUGGACAAACAUCAACACCCAGCUCGGGUUUUCGUGGACCGAGGAAAUGCUAAAGCGCUCCAAGGGGACCAUACACGGUCUGCAUCUGGAGUUUCUGUCACAGGAUCACCUGGCGGACGUACUACAGCCCCAUAUGAUUACAUUACAACAUCUCUCCGUCAAGACGGCUUGCCCCACAGACUCGGACGCCCUGACCCGUCUUCUCGCAUGCCCGGCCCCAGAGCUACAAGAGGCCAUUUUGGUGGGGUGCGAACGUCCUGAGUCUGGCCCCCCUUCGGUUCCAGCCAUCAUCCACAACGCAGCUCGCUUGAGGGACCUAAACAUUGUGAACUUCGACCUGUUAUGGAAACCCGCCGUUUGGCCCAACCUGCGUAGUCUGAAGGUCGAUCUAUCGUGGCUCGAGGACGGUGGAUCAUUCACGGAGAGUUUCACGGACAUCGUUAAUUGCCUUCGCGCAUCGCCAUCCCUAGAAUGUCUAGAGUUCAGGGACUGCCUCCUACCGCGACCACAUCAUGAAGAUCCUUUACACAAAGUUCGCCUUCCUCGAUUGAGCGAUCUCACUAUGUGUUGCGCGGCGGAUUCAUGUCUGGAUACCCUUGAAGUUAUCGAGGCACCUCACCUUACUGAGCUACAUAUAAAGCUCACUUACUCAGCUCGCGACGCCCCCAUGACGGACAGCCAUGCAGAGAGACUGGCCACAUUCCUGAGAAUGUAUCGGUCGCCUGUACACACCGCCUACACCACUCCUACCAGAGAUGGCAUCGAGAUAUACGCAUAUAGGCAGUCCAUGCAGACCGAACACGAUGAUUACGGUCGACCAGUACCCGAGAAUCGCUCCAGCCCAUUCGGUCCACCUUCCCGCUCCAUCAAUUCGCCCAACUUAUCCGUCAUACUCGAUUUCAGGGUAGCCCCGGAUAGGAUGGCACUCAUCGUUGGUGCACUUCCACUCGAAAACCUACGAUCCUUAUCCAUCUCCCUGGAGAACCAAUAUUACAGCGACAACAGCUGGGGGAGACUCACUUGGCACAACAUCCUCGCACGCGCUCGACGCCUGCAUACACUACGCGUAUGCAGGUCUCAAUAUGGCAAUGAGAACAUCCCCGCGCUUUGCCGACUGCUCGCCACGCCGCGAGCAGACAACCGUGACGAUGCAGUAUACCUGCCCUCCUUGAACAAGCUGACACUUAAACGUGUCCGAAUGGGCGUGGAGUUCAUGGGGACCGUCUUCUACCGCAAGCUUCUACAGUUUUUGCACCGACGCGCGCAACUGGGGGCAGGCAUACACAUUUUGCGCCUUGCCUCUUGCUCCGGCGCGGCGCGGCUUUUAGAGCCCUGUUUCCUCCGCAUUCCUGGCUUGGCGGUCGAAUACACUGGGUUUGAGACCUAUGAUGCAAGACUCAACAUCGGAGAGGGCGAGGUGGAAGCUUGUAUGGAUAUCGGGCCCGAACAUCCUGCUGAUGAAGAAGUACAGUAUGAGUGGUGA